CCGACAGUGCGCACAAUCGCAACUGAGCAAAUGACCGUUCUCGACGAAAGGACUAUAUGCGCAGUCCAGGCACGGCUUCUCUAUGCGAUCGCCGUAUGCGGGGAGGGAAGUAUAGAAGAAGCACGCGCCCAUUUCAUCAUAGCCCGAGACAUGGCGAUCGAGCUGCAUAUGAACAGAGACGACUCCCUGGACCGAUCACUCGGCGACACCGAACUCGAAAGCGAACGCCGAACAUGGUGGGAGCUCUACAUCCUCGACGGCUAUAUGACCGGGAUCUGGCCAAGCCUUGGGUUUAUCACAAGCGUACUCGCCUGCGACGUCCCUGUUCCCCUUGAUGGACCGUACGCAAACAUUCUAGGAGGGACGGAUCAAUUUUCGCCGGACAUCCUCCUCUCAGAAGACGACGACCGCUCUCUAUCCCCAUGGUGGCACCGCAUCCACGCCGCAACUCUUCUGACCAAGGUCGUUCUUCUUCCAGACCAGGAUAAAGCGCAAGCUGCCAUGGCUGCCCUCGCAACCUGGCGUCUCUCACUACCACCCGAGAAGGCGCAGUUUAUGGACCCAUUCGGGCGCGUCAAUGCGCCUCUUUUCCACGCGGAGGUACUUGCUCAAACAGCCGCGUUGAUGUUGCACUUCCCUCGCAGCGAUCUGCAUCCCGAUUUCGACCAGUCGAUGCAAACAGCGAAGACACUUCUCGCCCCAGCAGGAACAAUAAUUCCCAUUCGCACUUGUACGCGCAAAGUACACGGCAUCAAGGCAACGGAGGCAUCAAAAGAGAUAUGUAACCUGUUCUCGAUAUACCCAUCAAUGGAAAGUUGCUCGCCGUUGGUUGUUCCCUGUUUGGCCGCUUGUGCACUCGUCCAGCUUGCGACGUAUCGCUCACAUAUCAGAAACGGUGGGGAUUGCCGCGAGUUGCAUCGCGAUCGCCUAAGGCUCUUAGCCGGGUUAUUAAGGUCUGCGGGGAAAGUGUGGGGGUUUGCCAGACGAGCAUAUGAAGAGAUCAAAGGUGUGGCAGGGGAAGUAUUCCGCGACCGACGCCCAGACGCUGAAGGUGAAGGCCCAGAGUCACGAACGGAAAGAGCGACUCGGGAUCCACCGGCUGCUGAGGAAGGCGUAGGCUUCGUACCGGCCCUCGGCGGACUUGAGCCUGGCUUUCAAGACUUGGGACCGUGGCCGUGGAUGCAAGAGGCAUAUCCUGUUGAGGCGUUGGUGGAAUAUCCACAGAGUACUAGCCAAUAUCCACUUUAG